AUGGACAUGUACAUCACAUAUCUUAUAUCGUUAUCAAAAUUGAAAUCAGAUACACACGUAUACAUAGACAGUGAGAGCAUAAACGGGUCAAGAGAUAAAACACUCAAUCUUUUGCCUUUAUCUUCUCCUUCAUCUGUUGGAUAUCAAGCGUGUGGGAAGUCAGUUAAGCCUGUCUGGAGGCAUAACAAUAAGAAGCACAAACAAACCGCAUGUGGCAUAGGGGUAGCGGUAUUGGUUGCAGCUGAAGACCCACGUCUCUUAAUGCUGAAGGACGGGUACCUGCAGGUGCAGGGUGUAAAUGCAUCACUCCAUCCCUACAAGGAAAAUCAAGGGCAGUGA